AUGCCCCUGCCUCUGUUGCAGCCUUGUGCGCCGGUGCAGAGUCGGCGGGCGGGGGAGAAGCUGGAGGAGAUGUCCGAUGAGAGUGGCGUGGGAUGUCCGACGGCCAGGCAUGACAGGACGUGGGAGGGUGGGCGGAGAAGCCGGGGGAGAUGUCCAUUGAGGGCGACAUGGGAUGUCCAACGACCGGGCACGGGAGGGCGGGCGAUCGUGCACGGGAGGCUGGGCGCCGGACAGUGGGCAAGCGGGCUGUCAUGGGAUGACGGGCGGCCGUGCACAGGUGGGGGCGGUCUAGCGUGGGAGGACGGGCUGGCGCGGAAAGAAGCCGUCCGAACUCAGAGCAUUUCGAUCCUCCCUACUGCUCUCCAAUUGAUCGAUCCACCCCCUCGCCCGGUGCUUUACAGCUGCUGCUUCGCAUCGCAUCGCAUCGUCUCUCGCCGUCCGCCCCGCCUGUCUUGCGGCGCCGCCUCCCCCGAUCCUAGUAUGGAGGAGUCCGAUGGAGAGGAUAUUGGUGUUCCAGAAGUUGGCAUGGUGUUCAAUAAUCACACGGAAGUCAACCGAUUCUACCGCAAGUAUGCUCGCCGUGUUGGCUUCAGUGUCUCAAUUAGGAGGUCCUCAUUCUCACAAGAAGGGACCUGCUUAUAUCUCGAGCUUAUGUGCUGCAAAGGAGGGCGGCCACGUUAUGAGCCAAAGUUCAGGAAACGGGCGUCAUCGACCACUAACUGCCCAGCAAAGAUCCGAGUGAAGUUAUGGGGAGACAAAUUGUUGCAUGUAGAGUUGGCAAUCCUUGAUCAUAAUCAUCCAGUGAGCCCAGCAAUGGCGAGGUUCUUGAACUCUUAUAAGCAGCUCUCUGGCCCUGAAAAGAGGCGGUUGCGUAUGGGUGGCCCUGGAGCUAUGCCAGUGGAAGAGCCAAGCAAGAUGCCUGUGGAUAAGUUGGGGGAACUUGAGCAGCUUUUGUUUAGCGAGAGCAAGCACCAUGGUUUUGUUGAGAGGGGCCGUUUGAAGCUCCAGCCUCGAGAUUCGGAGGCCCUUCGACUUUUCUUCACUCGGAUGCAGGCCAAAAAUGCAAACUUUUUCAAUGUCAUUGACUUGGAUGAUGAAGGCUGUGUCAGGAAUGUUUUCUGGGCGGAUGCACGAUCAAGAGCUAUGUAUGAGUAUUAUAAUGAUGUCAUCACACUUGACACUUCCUAUGUGGUUAGUAAAUAUUCUAUGCCUCUUGCAACAUUUAUUGGGGUGAAUCAUCAUGGCCAAUCUGUCUUGUUAGGUUGUGCCCUACUUUCUGAUGAAACAGCGGAAACCUAUUCAUGGCUAUUUAAGGCUUGGAUAGCAUGUAUGUCUGGCAAUCUUCCAAAGGCUCUCAUCACUGACUAUUGUAGUGGCAUCCAAAGUGCUGUAACUGAGGUUAUUCCUGGAGUCCGCCAUAGAAUGUGCUUAUUUCAGAUAAUGAGGAAGGCCGCAGAACGAUUAAGUGGGCUGUCAGAGUACAGAGCUAUCAACAAGGCAAUUCAAAAGGUUGUAUAUGAUUCUUUAACCAUAGACGAGUUUGAAAGAGAAUGGGAUGCUUUAAUUACAUAUAAUGGGCUUCAGGGUAAUGACUGGUUAAGAUCACUUUAUGAAUGUCGAUCUUCAUGGGUUCCUGUCUUUAUUAAAGAUGCAUUUUGGGCAGGAAUGUCUGCUACACAAAGAAAUGAAACAAUCACUCCUUUUUUUGAUGGAUAUGUGGAUUUGAAAACCACCUUGAAGCAAUUUCUUGGCAAGUAUGAGAUGGCUUUGCAGAGCAAAUAUGAGAAAGAGGCCCAAGCAGAUUUUGAGACAUUUCAUAAGCAACGUCCACCAGUAUCAAAAUUCUAUAUGGAAGAGCAGCUCUCAAAGGUAUACACCCAUAAUAUGUUCAAGAAAUUCCAAGAUGAGAUUGAAGCCAUAAUGUACUGCCAUGUAUCUUUAAUUAAUGUCAAUGGGUCUAUCUCCACGUUCAAUGUCAAGGAGUGCAUUUUCCUUGAGGAUGGUAAAAGGACUAUGAGUAAGGUUUUUUUAGUGACAUACAACGUAGAACAAAAGGAUAUAACAUGUAUCUGUGGAGGUUUCCAAUUCAGUGGCAUACUGUGUAGGCAUAGUCUCUCAAUGCUCAAGUUUCAUCAGGUUCGUGAAAUUCCUCCACAGUGUAUUUUUGAUAGGUGGAAAAAGGAUUUUAGACAGUUGCAUGUGAUGGGACGCCCUUCAAGUAGUGAUGUUGUCCCCAACAACCGUUUGGAUCGACAUGACUAUUUGUCAAUGAGAUGCCUGCAGCUUGUUGACUCUGCAUUCCUAUCAGAUAAAUAUCGCCUUGCUUUGAGGUUGGUGAGGGAUAUGGAGAAGUUUCUGUUAAAUAGCAACACACAUGAUGAUACACAACCAAGGAUCAAGUCUCGCAUUCCUAAAGUAAAUAAAUCAAAUACAGUGACUGGUCAAAAUGUGGUGGAUACAGCUACCUGCAAUGGAAAUGAUGGGCUCCAAGGACCAGAGGUUCAUGCAAUCAUACAAGCAUUACAAAUCCAAAAGGGAGGAGCAGAAAAAGGGUUAGUUCCUGCUGGCUACAUUGGAGUGCCAGCUAAUAUCCAGCAAUUCGUUGGCAAUCAAGCAGCUAUUCGGCCAAGCAUUGUGUGCAUGGUUCCGAGUGGUGUUGACCCACAUGCUUUUGGAAAUGGUGUUUUGAUGCCAGUAAUGUACCAGCAGAUGUUCCAGGUACCCCAGAAGCCAAAUGAAACUGUGCAAGAUACUUCAGCAAACAGGAAAAGGAAGCGACCUUGUGGCCAGAAGCUGGCAGAGACAUCUCAACAGUCAAAUGGAACCCUGGGACCUGCAUCUGGAUAGGAAACUGCUCACAUUUAGAACAGGAUUUCUGUAAAUAUGUGGACUUGCUGACGUGAAGAAUUUUACAUAGGAACGCGGAAACUAACAGAUGCAUCUCAGCUGUGAUCCAAGCCUCCAAGGUGUCUGUACUAUGAAAGAGAUAAAGCUGGGCAAAAGGGCCGGUCUUCAUUUGGAUCAUCCUGGAGUUCUGAAUGUCGAAGUCAAUUUCACCUUGUGUAUUUUUUUUUUUCUGAUUCCAUCAACAUUGGCAGCAUUAAAUUUUACUCGGAGAGUAUCAGUGGUUCCAGUUUAAUGUACAAGUCCCUGUGUCUUCUGCCUGUUAUGUAAAUGAUUUGUUGGAUUAGCCCUAUCAUGGCUCAUGAGCAGUGCCAAGAUGCCUUUGAAGUGCCA